AUGAAAUAUCUUCCCAAUAAUAUUAUUUGGCUUAUAAUUUAUUAUGAAAUUUUAUUAUGUUUAGCUACUAAAGAAUUUCUUAUAUGGUUUCAGGAUUUCUCACAAGAUAGUAAUUUAACAUCUUUAGGUAUAUUCCAGCACUACAAUGAAUUAAACAAUCCAAUAUAUGGGAGUACUAGUAAAUAUGUCUGGUUUCAUGAUGAAAAUCCCAAUAUAUUUGUAUUAGAAGAAAGUGAAUAUGAAAUAUUAUUGAAAGAUAAUUAUCCACCUAAUAAGCAGAAUUCUAAUAUACAGAGAUGGAUUAUUACUAAUAAGAUAAUAUUAUUAUUUGAAAGAUGGAAAUUAGGUUGUAUGAUUAUAGGAUAUAGUAUAAGAAAAGUUGUUGAAAAUAUUCAACUUAAUAAUCCUAUAUACAGUGUUACCUUAGUUAUAAGCAAUUCAAUAAUAUAA